GUUCAUCUGGUGUGUAUUUGUUUGCGCUGCGCUCCGCUCAGCCACAAAUCGUCCAAUCGAUCGCUCUUCGCCACCGCUGGUGUGAUCGUUCCUCGGGUCAUCAUUCAUCUGUUCAGCCUUCAUCACAACCACAUCUUCUCGAGCUGCACUAGAGGCUGCUCCGCUUGCGGUAUGACAAGAUCCGGGCAGUGCUGUUCCCUGCCGAUGCUGACAGAGGACGACGACUGCGUCGUCUGUCGAAGCUGCGGAUCCGUUAUCGAGCAGCAGGAGUAUUCUCGCCUGCCCGAUCGGCAUCAAACGCUCGGCGUCAUCACCAGUUCAGACUACUACAGCAACAGAGACGCUGCCCAUUACAGCCGACUUCGGAAGGCUUUUCUGGACCAAAAAGCACAGGAGGUCGGCCUUCGACUCAAGUUCACCGAGCGGCAGAUCGGCGAGCUGCGGUUCUGGAUCGAUCAUGCUUCAAGUUUACUGCCGAUCGGAAUGCAAAGCAGCCAGCAGAUACCCCUACCGGUCAUCGCUUGUGCCUACUGCGUCAUUCGCAGCAACCAUCUCGGAUACUCUCUGAGAGACCUGGAGUCCAUCUUUGGCGUCUCUCACUUCAAGAUCGGCAUCCAGUUCAAUCAGAUCAGGACCGCCAAGGGUGGCUGGAGCGAUCCCAUCGAUCCCGUCGAUCCCUCGAUCUUCAUCCAGAAAGCAGUCCACCACAUCAUCUCGGACGCCGAAAGCAUCCCGCGGGCACUGGAGCUGGCUCUCUCGGUCCACGAUAUUGUGAAGCUCUGCUGGCUCGAUACCGGCCGUGAUCCACAGAUUCUGGCCCGAGUAUGCGUCUGUUUUGCGUGGUCGGGACUCUUCAAGCGGCGGUGCCCCCUCGCCAUCAUGAACAAGAUGGCCAAGCACGCAUGCUGUCAGGUCAGCACCGUCAAGGAGCGAUAUGCUGAGAUUCUGGCGAUCCUCGAGAGCAUCGGCCGGCUCUGGCUGGGCCAAGCAUUCAGGCCCAAGGACGUUUUCAUGUUCAUGCGAGAUCUUCUUGUCCAAGGCCAAGCCAUCGUUCGCCAGGUCCGGAGCGAAGGCAGUCGCAUCACCAGGGCCGUCGAUAAUCCAUCCGAGCCCACCCGGCCAUCCGGGCCAUCCGAGCCACCCCAGCCGUCCGAUCUGUGCCAACACAGCGGGAAGGCACUUGCUGUUGAUCAGGCUCCAGAUCCGGCAGGCGAAACAAGCAACCGACUUUAUCGGAACUCCCAAUCUCGUCCAGCAGUCAAUGAGCCUGUGGAUGCGUUUGAAUCAAAUGCUGGGGAAACCCAGGCACCCACGCAAUCGAGCCUGCUGGAUGGACAGGCACCCAUCGAUGCUUAUCGCCCGCUUACCAGCAAACCAAACCUCAACCACCCGAAACCCCCACGACACAAAUCACCCAGGCUCGAUCAUCUCGUCGCACCGCCGGCCUUUGUCGCCAGUGUCCGACGCCGGCACACCCUCACCCUGAGCAUCCAGAAGGCCCUUCACCGCAUCACACAGGAAUGUGAGUUUGCGCUCGAGUCGAGCGAUCGGAACUGGUAUGGGCAUCCGGGGCAUCCGGGGCAUCCGGACUGGACAAAAACAGACGAAGUGGCAUAUCAGUGUCUGCAGGCUGGCACCAAGAUCGAGGACAUAUACAACCUGGGCAUGAGGCGGCUGGCCAGUCAGCUGCAUCCUGGCAUCCUCGAGGAUGCUCCCGUAAGUGAUGACGACGAAGAAUGCAGCCCGAGCGAUAAAGAUGCGGCCGACCGAAACAGCGACAGCCAUCCCGACCGAACCCGAGGUGACAAUCUGGCCCAAGAUGAUCACCCGCAUAACAACAGCGGCAACGAUUCAAGAGAGCGCUAUGCCAUAGAGCCUGGGCAACAACCGAGUAUCAAUGACUCAAGCUGGGCUUGAGGCCAUCAGCAUCGGAGUACGACGGCACGUUAAGAAAUCACAAAUAUGUAU